AGCAGCUGCCGUGCGCGCCGGGCGCCCAGCGCCGCUGCUCCGCCAGCGCUGCCGCCCGCGCCCCUCGCCUUUGUCCGUGCGCCCCCCCCACCCCGCCCGCGUCCCGGGGCCCGGCCGGCGCCCACCUCCCGUCCCGGGGCCGGCGGGGCGCGCAGGGGGCGGGGGCCGCGGCUCGCCCCGCUGCCCAUGAGCCGCGGCGGGGCGCGGGGCGCGGGCGGACGAUGGAACUCCACAUCCUGGAGCACCGGCUGCAAGUUGCCAGCGUCGCCAAGGAGAGCCUCCCGCUCUUCACCUACGGCCUCAUCAAGCUCGCCUUCCUGUCGUCCAAGACCAGGUGCAAGUUCUUCAGUCUGACGGAGACCCCGGAGGAUUACACCAUCAUCGUGGAUGAGGAGGGUUUCCUGGAAUUGCCGUCCUCCGAGCACCUGAGCGUGGCCGACGCCACCUGGCUGGCUCUCAACGUGGUGUCCGGCGGCGGCGGCUUCUCCGGCUCCCAGCCCAUCGGCGUCACCAAGAUUGCCAAGUCGGUCAUCGCGCCACUGGCCGACCAGAACAUCUCGGUGUUCAUGCUGUCCACGUACCAGACGGACUUCAUCCUGGUGCGUGAGCGGGACCUGCCCCUGGUCACCCACACGCUGUCGUCCGAGUUCACCAUCCUGCGGGUGCUGAACGGCGAGACGGUGGCGGCCGAGAACCUGGGCAUCACCAACGGCUUCGUCAAGCCCAAGCUGGUCCAGAGGCCCGUCAUUCACCCGCUGUCCAGCCCGAGCAACCGCUUCUGCGUCACCAGCCUGGACCCCGACACGCUGCCCUCCGUGGCCACACUGCUCAUGGACGUCAUGUUCUACUCCAACGGAGUGAAGGACCCCCUGAGCUCCAGCGACGACUGCGGCCACAUCCCCUUCUUCUCCUUCUCGCUCAUCGAGGGCUACAUCUCCCUGGUCAUGGACGUGCAGACCCAGCAGAGGUUCCCCAGCAACCUGCUCUUCACCAGCGCGUCCGGAGAGCUCUGGAAGAUGGUGCGGAUCGGGGGGCAGCCCCUGGGCUUCGAUGAGUGUGGCAUCGUGGCCCAGAUCUCCGAGCCGCUGGCCGCAGCCGACAUCCCCGCCUACUACAUCAGCACCUUCAAGUUCGACCACGCGCUGGUGCCUGAGGAGAACAUCCACGGGGUCAUCAGCGCCCUGAAGGUCAGCCAAGCGGAGAAGCGCUAGGCCGGAGGGGGGCCUGGCCCCCGGCCGCCCGAGGCCCCUGCGAGGCCCCUGCAGUAUUUCUCAGCGGACUGGAAAAGGGGUCGGGGCCCCUGAAGAAGGAGGGUCCUCUGAGAGACGCCCCCGCACCCCCACCAGGCCCAGGACCCCGCCAUGGCUGCCCUAUGCCCUCCUGCCUCCCAGGAGCCCCCCUCACGCAGAGCCCCCGGCACCCCCCACCCCUUGGUCCCGGAACACGGGGGCCAGGGCCACAGCUCUCGGGGCAGGAGGCUGGGGUGGGGAACCGAGGCCCCCAGCGCCUCGGGGCUGCACCCCAACUCCCAGCAGGACGGCCAGGGGGGGCUCCCAGGACCCCCGCCAGCCUGCCCCUGCUGUCCUGGCCCCGCUCUCCCCUGCGCCACCCCCUCUUCCCCACUGAGAACAGGCCAGCACGGGGCCCCCAGCACCCGGCCCUCUGGGACCCCGGGGCUCCGAGGGCGUGAGUGGGCGGGCAGCUCAGCCGAGCCUUAAUCAAGACGGCCCCUUCCCGUGCUGCUGUCACGUGUGUCUGUGUCCGGCCUGUGUCCGGCCGCGGUGGGCAACGUCUGUCUGGGGGGUGUGGCAGGGUCCAGGGGCAGCCUCCAGCAGUUUGGCCUCGGGAAGUGUCCUGGCGCUUCCAGGUAGAAGGUCGCGUGUGUCAAGUUGGGGUCCUCCAGGCAGCCCUGAGCCGGCUGGCCAGGGGCCCCCUCGGGCAGGGGGUGGUGGAGGCGGGACGUUGGCUGGGCUGAGGGUUUGCGGGCCCCUCAGCUCUGACCCCCUUCCAGGGAGGGGAGCUGCAGGAGGGGGGGUCGUUUGGGCACUCAGCACCCCACCCUGGGGAAGGCGGCUUUCUCCGUUGCCCCCCCGACACCCCUUUCUAAGUUGAUUCAUUUUGCACAAAACAACCAAAACGUGUACAUUGUUUGCUGGUUCCAAAACGGGUGGGGCCGGGGACGCUCGAAGCCCCCGACCCCUUCCUGUCCUUGGAAGGCCUUGGUUUGGGUGGGGUGGGGGGCGCCUUGCCUCUCGGAACUCUCCCGAGCCCACCUCCCUCCCGCCCCCACCCCCUGCCCUGUGACCCCGGCACCGGCUGCGUGGCCCCUGGCCCCCAGGACGUCCUUUGUACACAUAUAAAUACCUGUGUUCUAUGUGGAUAUGGGCAUAGACUGUACAUAGCAUCUAUACUGAGCAAUAUAUAUGUUAAUAUAUACUGUAUGCGCGCGCUUGGGGCGUGCAGGAGACCAGGGCCCCCCCCCCCGCCCGCCCCCACUGGGCCCUGCACGCUGGGGUGGUUCCUUCUCAAUUCAAGUAUAUCUGCAAUACGAUGAUGGACUGACGGACGCGUGGGGCCGGCCCCAACCCACAAAACCAGCAGCCCGGCCGGAGCCCAGGGCAGGUCAGCAGUGUCGUCAUCCCCCGUCCCCACCCCCCGUGCCCCCCCCCCCCGCCUUCCCAGCCUCCCUCAGAAGCUGCGUCCAGUGGCCCUUGUCUGCACCCGCAUUCAAUGGCUGAGGCCCCUCAACACUGGCUAUUCUGAUCUUGGGUCCAGAAGAAGAAAGAGUGGGGGUGAGCAGAAGGCCCUGGACGCCCCCUCGCGCCCACCGCAUUCUGUAAGCCCCCCUCCUCCGGCUGUCUCCAUGGCCACGUCCCACCGGCACACCAAGACUCGGGGUCUUGCACCCCGGGCUGCCUCUGGGCCUACCCCCGAGAGAGGUCCAGGGCGGGGAGAGAGAAGCGUCCUCCGUCACUGGCGUGGUCCCUGCCGCCUCAGGGGUGGCUAGCCGGAGGGGGCUGCCCCAGCUGACUGGGGGUGCCAGGCCCCAGCCCCGUUUGGGGGGAUGCUGGUCAGCCUGGCGUAUGCCCCGGUGUGGCUGGAGGGGGCUCUGUCCCCCAGCGACUGCCCGGUGAGGACCAGACCCCGAGUGCCGAGCCCCGGGUCCACCCCAGACCACUCUCCCUUGGCCCCCGGCCCUGAGCCAGGACAGGCAGUGCCAGCUCCGUCCCCCGGGGGUGCUGCCCACCUCACUGCCUUCAGCCCAGGGCGCGAGUCCGAGACGGGAGGGCGUGCAGAGCGCCCCGAUGGGGGGAGCCCCGCCUCCCCUCAAGCCACCAGCAUUCUCCCCUCCUGCCCCCCCGCCCCCCCCCCGCCCGCCCCGUGGGUCGGGAGUGAGCAGCCCGAGUGGAGCCCCGCCACGCAGUCCCGGCACGGUGGCGGCAGCAGGGGGAGCCCGCCCCAGCCGGGGCCACCAUGUGCCUGACGAGGGGCCUGCCCGGCACCCCCCUCACCAGACUUCCGGCCGACUUGGGACCCCUUGCUGGUCCUCUGGGUCCAGGGACCCCCUGGGGGACAGACGGAGGGACUCUGGGUGCUGUUUGGGGAGUAAGCGGGGGCCUGGGGGUGUGGCGGCAACACCCCCCAGGUGUGUCCCGCCGAGGGCCAGGGCCCAUGGUCGGGGGUGUCCCAGGCAGCUCUGAAGGACGCGACCCAGGGGGGCCGUGUCGCAUGUGACCCCCAGCACAGCCUCUGCUCUGGGCCAAUGUCACAGGGUUUGGGGGAGGGCACAGGUGCAAUGGACAUUCGGGGGUCUGGACACGAGUUCCAAGUCCCCGGUCCUGGGGGCCAGGUGUGGGGUGCGGCCCCUUGUCGGGUGGGCCGCUCAGUCGGUGCAGUGUUUGUGGGGCACGAGGCGGGCGGAGGGGAAGAUCAGACCAGAUUCAGUUCCCGAGAGCCCCAGUGCUUAGUCCUGUCUGCUGCCUCAGUUUACCAGAGAAGGUCCAGGAGUGGCCCCCAGCCAGCCAUGGGGUGUCUGGCAACCAAAUCCCAAUCCGCCCCCCCCCCUUGCUCUCUGCCAAAAUCAUUUCCGUUAUCCUGAGGUGGGGGUGCGUGGCGGGGCGCAGUGGGGCAGGGCCCGGCGUGGGGAGACGUGGGCGGCCCCGCACCGGUCCUGUGUCCUGGCUGGACGGACACACCCUUGAGAUCCAUGUACUGUACGUUGGAGAGAACCCCCCAUCGCCCCCCCAAAGACAGUAUAUUUUGUACUUUGUAAAGUGUUCAUUAAAGUGGAGGAGACGCA